CGUCUCCGGCGGACUCGAACAACGGCUUUCCAUCCUCGUCGUGCUGUUUGUGAUUCUGAGGACUCUCGAAUACCUUGCGAAGUCAGCAAACUCCCUUGACGGUCCAGUGAAAGCAUUCUCCAACUCAACGCGCAACUACAUAACGCAACCUCAACCUGCUCAAGUCUAUCCGAAGUUUGAUCUCGCAGCCUCAACAUCCGUGAUUACAGCUUGAAGGUAUAGGAAACUUGUGACAGAAAGGAGCAUAGGACAAAAUGAGCAAAGUCGUCUUUGUGGGCAAUGUCCCUUAUAACAUGGCGGAAGACCAGCUCAUAGACGUCUUCAAAAGUGUCGGCCAGGUUGUUGGUCUGCGACUAGUAUUUGACAGAGAUACAGGCAAGCCUAAAGGGUAUGGCUUCUGCGAGUUUGCCGACCAUGAAACCGCAGCCUCCGCCGUUCGCAACCUCAAUGGCUAUGAAAUUGGCGGUAGGCCACUCCGAAUCGACCUCGCAGACUCGGAUCCGUUCCUUGAGGGCAAGACAACGGUGCGUGGCGAGAUCAUAGACGGUGGCGAGACACGCGCCCAAUGGCGCGAACGCAACGAACGGGAACGACAUGACCGCGACAGAUAUGGUGAUCACCACGACCGACUCGGUCGGAGUAACGACCCCAAUGCCUUCCUCCAACACUUGCCGAAAGGCGUCCCUCUCCCACAUGGGUCCAACGCGUUGGAUGCGAUCAGCCAUGUACUCGCGACCACUGACCCGGGUCAGAUUCUCGAAGUCUUGGCGCAGAUGAAGGCGUUCAUCAUCACACACCCUGAACAUGCUCGUGCACUAUUGGUGGCGCACCCCCAACUAGGAUAUGCGCUUUUCCAAGCACUUCUCCUGCACAAGAUAGUCGACCCUGCCAUCCUCCAACGCAUGCUCGCAGCCACUGGCGCGACAAUCCCCCCCGCAACGUCAGCGCCACCUCCAACACAACCCUCCCAUCCCGCUCCUCCUUCCUACAUGUCGACACCUGCGCUUCCGCCAGGGUCGAUGUAUGCGCCCCCAAUGCCACCCGCUCCUACCCCAAUGCAGCACCCCGCACCUCCAGUUCCGCCACCGAGUAUGUAUGGGCAGCCUCCGCCGCAAAUGCCUCCUUACUAUCGCGGUCCGCCGCCUCCCGCGCCCCCGCCUGUCGCGGCGCACCCACAGCAGAUGCCCCCCGCGCAUAUGCCUCCGCCUGUGAUGCACUCUCAACAGCCUGCGCCACCUCGUCUCCCCGAUCUCGACCAAGCGCAGAGGGACAUAUUGAUGCAAGUGCUGAACUUGACGCAAGAGCAGCUCAAUACGCUACCUCCGUCGGAACGAGACCCGAUCUUGCAGCUGAGGAGACAAUUCGGUGUCGACACUUGA